AUGACCACCUCCGCCACCCCUCUUACGCUCCCCUCCCUCCUCUCAGAUCUGCACCACCUGUCGUCCAAGCCGAGCCUACUCCCCUCCCUCGACCCCGACACCGCGCACAGCUCGCCUCCGUCCCAAGACCCCUCCGCCCUCGCCGUCAGCGUAGCGGAUUCGUUUCUGCUCGACAGCCAGCGCGUCUUGCACAAGUUGGAUUCGGAGCAGGUGCAGGAGCUGGGCCAGGCAAUCGAGCGGCUAGAGAAGAGGGUCGAGAGCAUCGGCCGGGCGUUGCGCUGA